CCCAACGCGCGACCGCGCCGCGAGAGCCGGCAGCGCCAUGGCGGACCCAGAUUCGCUGGGCUUCGAACACAUGGGCCUGGACCCCCGGCUCCUGCAGGCCGUCACCGAUCUGGGCUGGUCGCGACCCACGCUGAUCCAGGAGAAGGCCAUCCCGCUGGCCCUGGAGGGGAAGGACCUCCUGGCCCGCGCCCGCACGGGCUCGGGGAAGACCGCCGCCUACGCCAUCCCGAUGCUGCAGCUGCUGCUCCACAGGAAGGCGACAGGCGCUGUGCUGGAACAGGCUGUCAGAGGGCUCGUCCUCGUGCCUACCAAGGAGCUGGCGCGACAGGCCCAGGCCAUGAUUCAGCAGCUGGCCAGCUACUGCGCUCGGGACGUGCGGGUGGCCAACGUCUCAGCUGCCGAAGACUCAGCCUCCCAGAGAGCUGUGCUGAUGGAGAAGCCAGACGUAGUGGUCGGGACCCCCUCUCGGGUGUUGAGCCACCUGCAGCAGCAGAACCUGCAGCUGCGGGACUCCCUGGAGCUGCUGGUGGUGGACGAGGCUGACCUCCUGUUCUCCUUCGGCUUCGAGGACGAACUCAAGAGCCUGCUCUGUCACUUGCCCCGGAUUUACCAGGCCUUUCUCAUGUCGGCUACUUUCAACGAGGACGUGCAAGCGCUGAAGGAGCUGGUGCUGCAUAACCCGGUCACCCUCAAGCUACAGGAGUCCCAGCUGCCAGGGCCGGAGCAGCUGCAGCAGUUCCAGGUGGUCUGCGAGACCGAGGAAGACAAGUUCCUGCUGCUCUACGCCCUGCUCAAGCUGUCCUUGGUCCGCGGCAAGUGCUUGCUCUUCGUCAACACUCUGGAGCGGAGCUACCGGCUGCGCCUGUUCCUGGAGCAGUUCAGCAUCCCCUCCUGCGUGCUCAAUGGCGAGCUCCCGCUGCGCUCCAGGUGCCACAUCAUCUCCCAGUUCAACCAGGGCUUCUACGACUGCGUCAUAGCCACUGAUACCCAAGUCCUGGGGGCCCCGGCCAAGGGCAAGCAGCGGGGCCGAGGGCCCAAAGGGGACAAGGCCUCUGACCAGGAGGCAGGCGUGGCCCGGGGCAUAGACUUCCACCACGUGUCCGCUGUGCUCAACUUUGACCUCCCCCCUACCCCUGAGGCCUAUGUCCAUCGAGCUGGCAGGACGGCGCGCGCCAAUAACCCUGGCAUCGUCUUGACCUUUGUGCGGCCCACGGAGCAGUCCCACCUGGGCAAGAUUGAGGAGCUUCUUAGUGGAGCCGGCGAGGCCCCUGUCUUGCUUCCCUACCAGUUCCGGAUGGAGGAGAUCGAGGGCUUCCGCUAUCGCUGCAGGGAUGCCAUGCACUCCGUGACAAAGCAGGCCAUCCGCGAGGCGAGGUUGAAGGAGAUAAAGGAAGAGCUGCUGCACUCCGAGAAGCUCAAGACCUACUUUGAAGACAACCCCAGGGACCUGCAGCUGCUGCGGCACGACCUGCCCCUGCACCCCGCUGUGGUGAAACCUCACCUGGGCAACGUCCCGGACUACCUGGUUCCUCCUGCUCUUCGUGGCUUCGUACGCCCUUCCAAGAAGCGGAAGAAGCUCUCAUCCUCCUGUAGGAAGGCCAAGAAGAUGAAGAGCCAGAAUCCACUGCGCAGCUUCAAGCACAGAGGAAAGAAAUCCAGACCCCCAGCGACGCCCUCCUGAGGGUGCCUGGGCCCGACUCCAGCCCAGGACGGGCUUCGGCCCCGGCUGCUGCAGGCACGCUCUGUGCUCACAGCGCGGCCUGGGCAGACUGGACUCGGGCGGGCUCUCCGCUUCCUGGUACUGCCAGCCAGCGCCUCGCCCCUCGACAGAAUAAAGGUUCCAGCUGCCCCGGCUUGUGCCUCCAGCUCUGGCAAGGCACAGACUUCUCCAAGACCUCAGGAUCAGGAAAGUUCCAGAAGGUGGCAGUGCCUGGGCUGUGUGCAGUACUGCGCUCGACCGGCAGAGGUCAGCCUCGUGGAGCCGGCCCAAGUCUGCUGCGUCCAGUUCAUCCAGCUGUUGCGAGCCGGUUCCUGUGGCCCUGCUGCCUGUGUCACGUGGAGUGCAGGCCUUCCUGACCACAGCCUUGUAACACUUCAAAGGGGAGACGCCGCCCCGCUGGGACUGGGGCAGCUGGCUUGUCCCUCUCGAGCCCCUGUGUGUGACAGCCCACGCGGGCAUGCUUUGUGUGCACAAGUGGCAGUGAAAGGCGUU